AUGGGUCAAGGCCAAGCAACGACAAGAGGUGGUAGGACUGCGGAUAACCCAGUGGAACCACAAUAUGUAGGGGAAAGAUGUCAGGUGGAUGGAGUUUGGAAAGUGACAGAGAGCCAGGCAUGCUUGGGUUGGUAUAAUUUUCAUACGGAUAAUAAUGACAAACUUAUGGGAACGUGUAACCUACAGAGGGGCUUAUUGCCACUUAAAACAGAGGUGGAGACUCUUAUUUGGGCCAUGCAAUGUAUGCUAAGACAUAACAAGUUAACAAUGAAGUUUGAGACGGACUGCUCUAAUGUGGUGCAGAUGGUGUCUGCACCGGAGGAUUGGCUGGCUUUCACGCUCCUACUAGAAGAGGUUAAUCGAUGCAGGAGGCUGUUCUCUUCUUUCUCUUUUGUGCAAAUUCCACGAAAGGAAAACACGAAGGCAAAGCUCUACCUACUGAUGUGUAUUAUGUAA